UCAGAGUGUUUCUCUGAUUUGGGAAAAGAACAUGUGAAACUCUCCGAGCCGUGCAGGCCAGAGAUCAUCAAUGCUUUGGUGCUGGUUGCUUUUUUAAACCGUUCUUCCCACCAAACCCUCCGGUUCAGUCUGGCUACAGAAGGUCUUGGAUGCUCGUGGAAAUCCUAUAAAGAGCACCAAGCGUUUCGGGUGGAAUCAUGGUGCCUUUCCAAGAGGUUCUCUUUGAGGUGCGGAGGGUUCUCCAGCAGGUGAACCCAAACCUCCUUCCUUUGCUUCUAACCCAAUUUGUGGAGGCUCAGAUCUUCUCAGCUCAGUACUAUCAGAGCUUGUUUUUUUCCGAGGACCUGAACGACGUGGAUGUGGACGAUUUGGCCAGAAGGCUUGCUCUUCCUGUGUGGGAAAAAUGGGAUGCCAGUCGAGUAAUCCUCUCUGCAGCGCUCCUGGAGAACGAGCCUGAGAUCCAUGACCAUGAAAACACCAUGACCAGUGUGGAUCCAGUGGAAACUAUACCUGAUCAGCUACUGGACCUGAUCGCCUCCAUUCCAAUUGAAGAAUUUCCGUUUGAAGAAUAUCUCGAUUCAUCUUACUCGGAAGAGGUCUGGAACGAUAUCCCAGAUGGAUCAGAUGAUAAAUUCACGCUGGUAUGUCAAACAUGUGAUGAGAAUCCAGAUGUGAGGAAAAGAAAGCGUGGAGUAGUAAAUGAAAGACCAAAGACGAAGAUGCCUUGCCCUAAACGUAGAAAAAAAGCCCCCUCGAGCUCUGAACCCCCCACUGAAGUCAAAAUGGCCGUUCAGGGAGGGAAUUUCCACGUCUCCGGCGUGCCCUCGUUCGUACACUUCCCCUUAAGGAUCUCCACCGCCGCCUCUCUGAUGCCACCUGGUGCACCAGCGAUGCAGAUCAUACAAACGUUCAAUCCUCUCUCUCCUCUGCCAGGCAUUCUUCCAGUAGGUGCCACCUAUGUCCUGGUUUCACCACAACCUCUCGCUCCAUUGCCAGUGACUCAGAUCGCCCCUUUGUCUCCGGUCAGUGGAACAGUGGCUCCUGUAGAGCUCAGCAUGUCCAUUCAUCCCGCAAGCUCGCAAUCGGACAGCGCCAGUAGGGGGCAGUCUCCAUCCCAACCAGCUCCUGUUUCACCCAUUAAAGGCAAACCACCUUCCAAAGAGUAUCUUCCUGCAACUCAGGACAUCAAGAAGAUCCCAGCGAUAUCAAAGAACGUUCAAGACUUUAUCGUGGCCUUAAAGACGCACGUGAGGGAAAAGUGCAGUGUGAUGGAAGGAGGAAUGAAGAUGCAGUCUCACUACAUAGACACUCCACUGGUGCAGAGGAAGCUUAUCAUCAGGACUGGCAAGAAUGCAAACAAAUGCUUAGAGAAGGAACUCGUGGUGCUCAGCGACUCCGAACGAAAGAAAGCCAUGGUGCACAGAAGCCAUGUUUUCCACAACUCCAAUAACAAGCACCUGAUCACUAUUCUUGGGAAAGCUGGCAUGGGAAAGAGCACGUUUAUCCGGCGUUUAGCUUUAGACUGGUCCACCGGUGGCCUUCAGCAGUUCAAGUUUAUCUUCUUGCUCAAUUGCAAGGUUCUCAAUCUGACUCAGGGGAAGUUCAGUCUGAAGAGUUUACUAUUCCAGUCAUCCAUGUCUCCUCGGUGUGGAGAUCCGGAGGCUGUCUUCAAACACCUUCUCGCCUUUCCAGAGGACGUUCUUGUCGUUUUCGACAGUUUUGAUGACAUGAAAGACCUUGAAGGCCUUCUUCAAUCGCCCGCUACCUCAUCCACAGAAGGCAACUACAGUAUCAGGCAGCUGUUUUCUGGCUUGUUCCAGAAAAAGAUUCUCUCGGGUUGCACGCUUUUGAUGGCUACGCGCCCGCGAGACGUUUUGAAUCAGCUGCUUCGUAAAGUCGACAGUAUCUUGGAGUUAUGUUGGUUUUCUGCAAAGGACAUAGAAAUGUACAUUUCAAACUAUUUUGGGGAGGCAUCAGAGAAAGAGGAUGUGCUGCGAAAAAUCCAAAGCCAAAAAUACAUUUUCAGCUUGUGCUCCAACCCGCUGCUGUGUCGCCUCACGUGCUUUUUAUCGGAGCACCAACAAAGCAACAGUUUGCCAUCGACUCUAACGGAUUUAUACCAAAGAGUCCUCAGUCAGUAUCUAGAGCUGAAUGAGAACCUUCAAGGAUCCAAACAGGACAUCAGUCAGUUGUGUAACACUGCAUGGGACGGAUUUAAGAUUCAAAACUCCCUGUUAAACCAAAAUCAGAACAAAAACCUGGUAGAUUCUGAACUCAGCUCUGGGAUUCUCAGGACACAUGGAGGAUGUGAAGAAACUGGCAACAACCAGGUCACUUAUUUUGCCGAUCUUUUUGUUCAGAGCCUUCUAAGUGCCCUGCUUUUGGUACAUUCCAGUGAGUUGAAUGAUAAAAUGCUGCUGGCACACACCACACUUCACCAACGGAAAAGAAAACCUCAAGGAGAAUGGCAAGAUGUUCUGCAACGGUUCGUGAUAGGAUUACUGUUCCAGAAAAACGCCCCGCCUGCCUGUAGGGAUUUCCAAAGUGGUACUGACCUUCAGGCCAAAAGAAAAGCAGUGGAAGUCCAUCUGGAGAAUCUGAAACCAGGCGAGAUGAUUCCCAGCAGGUUACUGGAACUGUUUCACUGUGUGUACGAAUCAAGAAAUAUCAAACUCGCCAAACUUCUGCUGAAAAACCUUCCAGAUAAUUUGUCAUUUUGUGGAGCUCAGCUCUCUCCGGUGGACGUCUAUGUUGUUUGGCAUCUUCUCAUGCAUACCAAAGGACUUAAGCGAACGUUUUCUAUGGACUUGAGGGACACGUGUGUUCCUCUCAGUGGUCUCAGAGAGCUGGUUGCAUUGGACUGUGUGGCGUCAUUCAGAGCUCCAACUAUGGACACCAUUAACCUCUGGGAGGACCUGCAUCAUAGCAACGAUAAACUGGGUUUAAAAAACGCCAUUGAAAAGUUUACUAUAAACCCUCUGAAGGUGUUGCAGGUGUCUCAUGUGGAGAACUUGGCCAUCCUGGGACAGAUCCACAACGAGAAGAAGCUGCCUUUAUGCGAGGUCGAGACAGCUCUGGAGGACGGCGUCCCAGCGGUGAGACAUCUCCAAAAGCUGGAGUACGAGCUUAACCAGCAGAACAACCCUGAGGUGUUUCUUCAGCUGGUGGAGAUCUUACCUGCUCUUCAGUCUCUUCAUCACCUGGAUUUGGAGAAUAAUAAGAUCGGGGAUGUCGAGGUGGAGCGGUUGGCCGGAGCGUUGAGCUCGUUAUCAUCUCUGAAGCUCCUGAAUCUUUCUCAGAACUGUAUCGGGGACGACGGCGUGCGGAAACUGGCCGAAGCCCUGACGUCCCUGUCCUCGCUUCAGAGCCUCAGUCUGUAUGGAAACGUGAUCGGGGACGGCGGAGCUGAGAGCCUGGCGUACGUUUUACCGCUUAUGACGUCUCUGCUGGACCUGGAUGUGAAGUACAACAAGUUCACAGACGUUGGAGCCAAAAGGCUGAGUGCUGCAUUAAAGAACUCGCCAAGUGUGAAGUCUCUUCAAAUGUGGAAUGACUGUAUUCCUUAUGGUGUUUUUGAGCAUCUUCAGAUUCAAGACUGCAGGAUAAAAGCUUUAUAAUUCACACGUUUCUUAUUAAGAAAACACACAAAGGAAAGAGAAGCUGCUGCUACUAACGACGUAAUGUUCAGGUACACACACACUUUAACUGACCGCUGUGGCCUUAGCAGAAACACUACUGUUCUAUGGUGCGUUAUUUUUCUGUUGCAAUAUAUUGACUUUAUUGUGAGCUGCUGCUUAAUAAACUACCUUUUGUAAAGAAAUAAAUUAAA